AUGAAUCCACGCGUAUUUUUUGACAUUGAUAUCGAUGGACACCGAGGUACAUGGCUGAUUCAAAUCGAGCAAUAUAUAAGACCUUUACCAGCUGUUUGGAGACAUCUCAAUGGCAAAAACCGUCGUGCUUCAAACUCGAUUGUUAUGGAAUUAUUUAAAGAUGAGGUCCCUAUAACCGCGGAAAAUUUUAGAGCUCUCUGUACUGGCGAAAAAGGUGUCGGAAAACAAAGCAAUAUGCCCCUUCAUUAUCGUGGUUCUAUCUUUCAUAGGGUAAUCAAAGGAUUUAUGAUACAGGGAGGAGUUCCUAAGGACUCAAAAAUUUUAGAUUUUACAAGAAGAAAUGGUACCGGUGGUGAAA